CGGGAACCCGCGGCGCGAGAGGUCGUAUGUGGGGUUACGGCCGAUUGUUUAAAAACUUUUAUUUAUUUGAUUAAUAAAUUACGUAGUGUGCGGGAGUUAAUGUGACACAGUUGUUUAUUAAUUUAUUAUAGUUGAGUGAUGGUGUGUCUGUGUGUUUGUCCGUGCUAGUGUUGGCAUUUUACCGUUUUCUGGAUAAUGUUCCUGGGAACUGCUGACCGCGCUACAACUCAGGCAGCGUGCUGGCGGUGACAACUCUGGCCGGACAAGAUGGCCGCGUCUGACAUUAUCGCGCAAGAUGGCGGCCACGGACAUAUCAAAAUACAUCCCUACCUCGUCACACUAGUACGCUGGUGUGUGUCGUGCGUAUGGAGCUCCGCCAGUGUAUUGCUGCACCGGCUGCUGACCGCGCCGCUCCCCCAGCUCCCCGGCGCCGGGCCCCCGCCCUCGGUCGGGCCCCAAACCGCGACCGGGCCCCGCACGCGCCGCGCCGGCACCGACCACCUGCACCCCGAGCCGCGCGUUGAGUGCGUCGAGCUUUACACCCCGCCCGCGCAUGCGCAUCAACUCGAUGUCAUCUUUGUUCAUGGACUAUACGGGUCGCUGGGCAACACGUGGCGUCAGGGCGAGUGGCGCACCAAAUACAAAUUGGACCCCACCAGGGUCCCGCUCCGCAACCACGAGGCGGCGCCGUGCUCGUGCACGCAGGGCGCACAGCUCGGCGCCCAGCACAGCUCGCAGCUCGCUGCGUACGAGAGCAAGCUGCACGAGCUGUACAAGGAGGCGAUGCGCGGCGACCACUACGAGGCGCAGGCUAAAUUCGUGACCCAGUUGUACCACGGCGACUGCCAGCCGGCCAGUGGCGCCCCCGCCGCGCCCAGCGAGUGCCGGUGCGUGGGGGGCGCGGGGGCGCGGCGCUGCCAGGCCGGCUGCGGCUGUAUAUGCGACGCGUGCUACUCGCAGUGCUGGCCGCGCGACUGGAUCAAGGAGGACUUCCCCGGGGCGCGCGUCAUCUCCGUCAACUACACCAGCGACCCCUACCUGUGGCGCCCUCUCUGGGUCAAAGGGAACAAGAGGCUGAGGCUGCACGAGCGCGCCGAGCAGAUGACGCAGCAGCUGCUGGCGCUGGGCGUGGGGGGGCGCCCCAUCGUCUGGGUCGGACACUCCAAGGGGGGGCUCUUCAUCAAACAGAUAUACUGCGAUGCGUAUGAAGCUCACCUCAAGGUCAGCGGGGGGGAGGAGGGUGCCCACCAGGACAACAUCACUAACAACAACGCUACGGAGGCGGGGCCCGGCACUCAGUGCUGUCGGCACGCAGGGUCCCUGCUGGACACGUACGAGCGGGGCCCGGCCGCGGGGGGCCCGACCACAGGGAGCCCGCGGGGCCCGCGCGACACGCUGCGCAGUAUCAGCCACAUGACUGCGCUCCGACACAACCACAACUCGGGUGAGCACGAUGCACCCGAUGUCCCGCACACACUCGACGACAACGGCAACCCGCCGCCCGCCGUCGAUAGCUCGCAGUGCGGCGAGCUCGCCGGGGGGAGCGCGGGGGAUGAGGGCAAGGAGCGCACUGUCGACCUGCCUCCAAGUGACGAAGUGCGGCGCGCGCGGCUGUGGUCGUCGUCGUCCGCGUUCAUGUUCUACUCGGUGCCGCACCGCGGGUCGUCGCUGGCGGACAUCAAGGCGCCGCUGACGGCGCGCAGCGUGGAGCUGCAGGAGAUCGCGGCCGACUGCGCGCUGCUGCGGGCGCUGCAGGCGCGCUGGCUGGCCGCCGCCGGCGCCGCGCCCGCCGCGGACGGUCGCGCCGCGCCCCGCGUCCGCAGCCUCGUCGAGACCUGCCGCACGCUCAUGUCCGUGCUCUGGCUGCGCAUCGUCAGCGCCGAGUCCGCGGACGCGGGCGUGGGCUCGCUGCUGGGCGUGGCCGUGGACCACCGCGAGAUCUGCAAGCCCAGCAGUCGCGCCUGUCCGCUCUACACCGAGCUCACGCAGCUCAUCCGCGCCGCGCUGCAUACAUGCCACUGCCGCUAGUAUUGCCACCCACCGAGGCACUCAGGGAGAAUACUAGACCAAACACUCACUAAACUUUACAAAUUAUCAAUCAGACUUAGUAACCUAUCAGGGGAAACCUUCUUACUCAUUACAUGUUCAUUUCUAGUUCCAUUAUUAUAAAUCAACUAGCGA